GGCGGAGGCGGCGGAGGCAGGCAGAAGUAGGGCGGCGCAAGGGCCCAGACGGUGGUGACAGACGGUGGCUGUGGCGUGGGUUAAUGGUCGCUCUGUUAUCCCGUUAUCACGUUCCGAUUAACUCCAGGCUCUCGUACCUUUGAUGAUCUGGACCAGACCCAGGAAGGGAGAGUCCAUUUUCAGACCCGCGAGGCUUAAGGGAAUUUAAUUUCUGGGGUCAGAGGAUUUGUUAAUAAUGGGACUGACUAAGUUUCCUUUCCUUUCAUGGAAGGUUCCUGAAGUUAGCACGUCUCGAGGUGGUCUAGUCAUCACAGUGGCGCGCUGAUCCACAUCCCCCGUCGCCCCGCCUACGAACAUUUGCCUAAUCAUUCACUUUUGAGCCAGCGGCGGUGGAGGCUCUUGGCAAGGACCACCGCCACCGCCUCCCUUACUCAUGCCCCACUCGAGGAAUUACGUAACACCUUUCCCAGGCCUCACUGCCUCGCCAUGCAUAUCACCACCACCCACUGCCACCACCCCACCCCGCCCACCUAUUACACCGCCCCUCCCCUUGCUCACACUCCACAUUACACCAUGUCUAGAAUUCUCUCAGUUUCAAGCCCAGUGUGAGUGUAGCGGGCGAGUGUGGAGGCGAUGUGUGCGUAGUGAUUGUACAGAUGAUCCCGCAUCACAACGGCAGCAUCCUAUUACACGCAGGUCCCCGUGCCGCAUGCCAGAGCUCCACAACACCGCGCAUCCCUUCCCAUCCCCACUACACUCCAGGAAACACCACCAUCAACACACCAACACAUAGUUCUAGCGUGCUGGGUGUAUAGUGACUGGGCGACGCGGCCGGCUCACUAAAUAUAGAGCUGGCAAGCGGAGGCUCCGGUUGGUGCUGCUCCCUCUUCUGCUGGCGGACACUGGUGCUGCCCCGCCCCCGCUGGCCCACUUCCCUCCCCACCGCCGCCGCUGCUGCUGCGCCACACCGAGGCUCAACACCUGCCCUGCCUUGCCUCACAAAGAUGAAUUCGCCAAGAAACCACCCACGGGUGACCUUCCGCCACCCUUUACGAGCCUGACUAUAGCCCUCCAGGGAACCCCUGACCCGACGGGUCACGGCGCAAGUAAGGCUCCUGGCAGUUGGUGGGCGCGCAGGGUGCCAGUGCAAGGCAGGUGCCACAGUGUCACAGUGAGCGAGUGUGGGCACCACUCCACAGUAGUGUGGCUGGUGCACAGUGAGACAGAUUUCGGCAAAGUGAGACAGUGCAAGUGAUGUUGUAGGAACCAUGCCCGUGCCGCCAUCCUCGCCCUCCGUGGGCACCAGGUACUCCACCUACAGUUCUUACCGAAGUCCGUCCUCGUCCUCCUAUUUAGGACGCACCACCUCCCUCGAUCGCACCCCGUACAGCACCACCAGUACCUAUGGAAGCACCUACUCCAGCAGUACUUACGGUGGGUACAGCAAUUACUCAAGCAGCAAAUAUUCACUUCCGCCGCGACCCUCCUACUCGGCGUCGUCCGACACGUAUCGUAGCAGCCGCAGCCUGCGCCAGUCCCCGGCGAGGCCUGCCUACUCGAGGAUCAGCUCCGACUCACACCUGGAGACGUCAUCGCCGUCGUCGUCAUCGUCAACUUCUCGCUACACUUCGCGAUAUUUACGAGAUUCAUCUGCCUCGCGAGACUCCGGGUAUGGAUCGCGCUUCACCUCGCGAGAUCGCUCUGUCGACUAUGUCAAUGGUAACUCUUACGACACGAGCCACUUCGGGGCGACGCCUUCCUCCUACGCCAGCAACUACCGCUGGGAAUCCCUCCACAAGGACAAAACGGAGGAGAACGACCUCACUAGUCAGAACGGCGACGCGGAGAAGGUGAGGAUAACUGACCGCAUCCGAGCCUUCGAGACGCGCACCCCGGCUAGGGAGAACGGCCUGGGCUUGCUGGCGGGACGGGAGAGCCUCACCUCUUCUCGUGACUACUCUUCUGCUUCGAGUCGCCUCACAUCUGGGCGUGAUAGCAGCGUGACCCGCCGUCGCGGUGCUGCCCUUUCUACUGAUACUUCCUCUCGCUCCCCCUCCGCUCAUAAGACCUCCACUGAGAACAUUCUGAGGGAGAGUCGCGAUGGGAGCAGCAGCAGUAGCAGCACCACCAAAUACGAAGGAGCGGAGGGGAGGCGGCCCUCGGUGACGGAACUGUGUCGGAAGUAUGACACCAACCACAACGUGACCAACGGCGUGGCUCGGCAAGAUGACGAGGGGGAGGGCAGUGACGGCAGCGGGUACUCGAGCGAGGUAGCUCAACGGGCUCUGGACACCUCGUCUAUCCUCUCAACCCGCAAACGUACCGACGCCUCCUCCCUCAGUGACCGAACGGACUCCCCCACCACCCUCCGCCUCGAUUCUCCCAGCAGCGGCCGCGUCAGCUCGCCAGUGUCCGUGGGCAAAGACUCCCCCGCCAAGAGCCGCUUGGAUUCCCCAGCGCGCUGCCGUCGGGAUUCCCCUAGCAGGAGGCGAGUGGAUUCCUCCGGCGACAGGGACGGCGGCUCCUCCCCUCUCGUCAAUGGGGUAUUAGAUAAGCCCAAGGUGCGAGGGGAGAUAGAGGCCGGUUACAACGGGACCCGAAGUCGGUAUCGAAGAGAUCGAGUGAAGGAGCGAGUAGCGGAGAGGCUGAGCCGCGAGGAGGACGAGAGUCCGAGGCGCCACCAGUCAGCAUAUUCAUCAGGAGUGCUCAGUGAGAACAAUGGGCUUGUGGGACUCAGAAAUAUUGGAAAUACAUGUUUCAUGAACAGUGUAACACAAUGUCUCAGCAAUACACGGUGUCUUUUGGAGUACCUAGUGAGGGAUGGAUACUCCUCAGACAUCAACACCACCACAUCCACUAUGAAGGGUGAUCUUGUGCGUGCCUUUGCCAACUUGUUGUCUGACAUGUGGAAUGAAGGAGGAGACAGCAGCCGGGCCCUUAACACUGGCCCCUUCAAGUCACAGAUCCAGAGGUUUGCACCAGCCUUCUCAGGAUACCAGCAACAUGAUGCUCAAGAAUUUCUACGCAAGUUGCUAGAGGGGCUGCAUGAAGAUGUUAACAGAGUCACUGUAAAGCCCAAGCCCAUCACAGAGGAUAUUGAUGAUGAUCUUCAUGACAGUCAAAAAGCAAUGGAGUCGUGGAAGCGCUAUCUGAGAUAUGAUGACAGCAAAGUUGUUGACAUGUUUGUUGGCCAGUUGAAGUCAUGUCUGCAGUGUUCUGUCUGUGGGCAUUGUUCAGUAACUUUUGACCCAUUCUGGGACUUGAGUCUACCCAUCCCUAGCAAGUCUGGUCAGGUCAGACUCUCCCAGUGCCUUGAUCUCUUCACAAAGGAGGAGGUGCUGGAUGGGGAUGAAAGACCUACUUGUUCAAAGUGCAAAGAAAGAAGAAAAAUGACAAAAUCCUUCAGCGUCCACAAGUUCCCCAAAGUUCUCGUCCUACAUCUGAAAAGGUUCUCUCCCCUUGAGCGGUGGCGGGGCAAGCUGUCGUGCACCGUGGAAUUUCCUCUGGAAGGUCUGGAUCUGUCCAAGUUUGCCUCAAACUCCAGCACCUCUCCACUCUACAACCUGAUUGGGGUUGCAAACCACUCAGGAACUACUUACUCAGGCCACUACACAGCCUAUUGCAAACACCCCUACUCUGGCAGCUGGCAUGAGUACAAUGACUCAAGAGUGUCCAGUAUAUCUCAAAGCAGAGUGUGUAGCCCUGAGGCAUAUGUGCUCUUCUAUGAAAUAUCAUCCACUUCCUCCAAGUUAUAAUAUCAGAACUUCACCACCUCAUAUGGUACUUAUAUAUUUAAGCUUCAGUUAUGCAAAGGGAUUUUGCCUAAGAGUCUGCUCAAAAAUAAAACUGAAAGUGAAACUUAUGAAUGAAUCUGUCUUGUGAUGUAACAAAUGUUAUUGUAUUAAAAGCUAUAUAUUUCAUAAAAAGUAAUGCAACUUAAACUGUGAAGGUUGUACUACCUCAUGUGAGGCAAACCAAAGUGCUUAGUAAAAGUGCUACCUACACAAUAUUUUGAUAAAAUUAAGUUGCCCUCAAGUCAUCCAUUGGCAGUCUUUAUGUUUAUGUCAGUUAAGAACCAGUAACUUUUGUUAAAGCUUCAGCUUGUAAAUAAAUUGUAUUUAAUGCUUUUACCUAUAUGUUGAGUUUGUAAAGAUCUUUUAUUGUAAAUUGUCUUUGUUUUAGGAAGAUAUUUCACAUACACUCUCAUCUUCUCCAUUAAGCAGUGGUUCUAAAGAAUGAACAACCAUUUCUUUCUCUUUUCUAUAUUUCUACUGCCAAGGGUGAUGUUAGGUUGGGACCCUACUUUGUACUCUCAUCUCUCUUUGUUAGUCCCAUUUAGUGGUGGGUGCUCACAGGCAACCUGGGGGGCAUUUCUGCCAAGACCAUCCCCUUGCACAGGGCUUCCCAGAGGGGAUGCGCUGGCAUCGAACAGGAUGUUGAUGGAUGAAAUUAUAAAUCUAAGUUAUUAUUACUUACAUGAAUAUGUGUAAAUGUUACUGACUUGAUACUGUCUGAAAGGCAAAAAAAAAACAAAAAACUAAAAAAAAUGUUUCUUUGGUAGAUAUCAAAUAUAUUUUAUUGUUAAUGAAUAUAUGGAAGCAAUUACAUAUACAUCAAUAUAAUUAGGCAAAUAUAAUUUUUUUAUUUGUAAAGAGAAUAUAUUAUUGGUUAUAUGGAAAAGCCUUAAAUUAAAUAAAUACUAAUAGAAUAAAUGGCAGUCAGGAGGAAUAUUGUAUUUUUAAUGGUGGCCCAAAGUUGCUCAAUACGCCUCCUCUUUCACAUUCAAGAUGAAGGUCUUUCCUUUGCAUGUUGAACAUCCCAGUACAUUUGACAAACACAUAACAAAUAUCUAGUAGGAGUAACUGUAGAGCAGUUGUAUUCUACACAGUUGCUGGAGAUACAAAAAUUAAUGGUGACAGGUCUUUCAUCUCUUUACAAGUACGUAGUACCAAGUACUUUGUAUUGAUAAGAAAAAUUGCUUUACAAAUUGCUUUACCUUCAUAGUUUUUGCAUUUCAGCUCUCAAAACAUUAUUAUGCAGCAGCUUAUGCACACCCAAAUUUUUGUGAUGUGUGAAUGGAUGAAAGUUUAUAAAUGGCUACAUCAUAUUUCAUAUGAAUAAAAGUACACAUGAAAGUAGGCUGUAAAAUAGUGUGGAAUAUAUUUUGUACUUAUGAUAUAAAUACUGAUAAAUCAACUGCAUGAUAGUAUUGAAUUAGGCAAUAAAGAGAAUAUUAUCAAUAUUAUCUCCCGAGUAUUAUAAUAAGACAGGGACUGUGAUAGUAAUUGAACAGAAUCUGUUUGCUGAUGAGUUAGCUGGCUACUGUAGGGCAAGAACAUUGAUGCAGUGACAUUUUAGGCAAAGGAACAGCAUUUAAGCUUCAUCUUCCCCUAAAUUUUGCUGUAUUGAGAUUCUGUGUUGGAAACAUCUUGUUUAAGGGUCCAGAGGGUGCUACCUCCUCAUUUUACUCUACAAUAUGUUGAAUGAAAUCCAAGAAAUUUUUUAUGUAUACACACAGACCUGCUGUAUACGCACAGCCUUGCUGUAUACAUGUAGCCUUGCACAACAUGUUCUUUUUACAGUUUGUCAAUUUAUUAGUUGUGAAGCUCAGUGGGUUUUUGCACUUUGUUAUAAUUUUUCUUAUCAUCUUAAUACAUUAUUUUUUCUCACUUGUGUUAAAAGAAAGAUCCCAAGGCUCACAAAAUGUACUGCAUUAUAUAUUUGAAUUUCUUUCAUUAACUAGCACCCAUACUUUAUGCAGUUAUCUAUGUAAAUCCAAACAAGAACUGUUUGUGUAUGUACUGGUCACCUUGCUUUGUGUAAUACCUAAAUAUAUUUUCUGAUCAUUGUUGUUCUUUCUGUUGUGUCAUGAAAUGUUAUGUUUGUGCCUCAUUCUCAUCUUGAUGCCAGGAUCACACUCCUGGUGUUGCAUCCACCAUGCAUUAUGUGAUACCCUUCUUAAUCCUGCAGGGAGAAGAAUUACUGUCAUGUGAAAGCUUUGGUACUUGAAUCUGAUACUCGGGAGACUCAAUAUAUAUACAUAUGUGUACAGAGAUAGUGUGUACAUUUAUUUCAUUAUAUGUAAUGUAUGUUUCAGAUAUGUUGAUCCUUUCUAGUCAUGUACCCAAAAUGUGCACUCAUAGAGCUAAAGAGAGUAGAGCUGUAAUGUACAAUAACAUGGUGCCUUGGAGCCUGUUACACUGUCCUAUGGCACCAUGAUCAUCCUAGAUCAUUAUGCUUAUUUGUUCAUGUAUUUGAAGGAGUGAAUGCAUAAUAAUUUGUAUUACUACAUUCAUCACAUGCUAAACAGGAAUGUCUUAAGGUCUUCUUUAAAAAUAUAUAGUAAGAUUUCCCAUGUGAAAGUUACCAUUCAAAACCUGAAGCAUCUGCAUCUUCAGUUUUAUCAAUAAAAUCAAUAAUAACUAUUUGUAGUAUAUGUAUAUGAAGCACUGAAACACCAGUUGAAAACUUGUUGAUAUAAUGCCUAGUUUUUGUUUGAACGAUUUCAACUUACAAAAAGAUUUUUGCAACAGUGAUCUCAGGGGGAUGAAAAUGUAACACCUCCAUAUCUGUUAUCUUUCACACCUCUGAGACAAAUCAAUGUAUUAUCCUUGAGGAUACAGUGUUUCAGCUUCUUGCUUCUGACAAAAAUCAAGCUCAUGAGGAUGGUGUAAGAUUUCUUUCUGACUGGCAGAAAAAGAAGAAAAAAAAAAAAAAAGCUUGGAACAGGAGUUAGUUGAAUGGAAGCCAUCUAAUUGCUAGACAGAAACCCAACAUUGAGGUGUUACCAUGUAAUACCUUGAAUUGUGAAAAAGUAUUAAGAAGCCAUAGCACAUACAAUUCAUGAUAUUACAGCAUUAUUGGCUGUCACACACAAUAAUAAGGAAUGUGGUUUGUUAAACUUACACCUUAAAUUAAGAUUUGGACAAAACAAAUUAUAUAACUAGAAUAAAUUCCAUAACAAUUUUUGCAAAAUUUUCCACACACAAGUUUACAGUAAUCAAGACCCAAACUACAAUUUGACUGGAAUGUGAGCCAAAAAUCUGUAACCCAAGCACCUGAAAUAUGGUGUUGAAGGUGUGUUCAAGGUGUGAACCGUAUGUUUUAUUACGUAAGGGUAAUGAAAGUAAAGAGUGUGUGUGUGUGUGUGUGUGUGUGUGUGUGUGUGUGUGUGUGUGUGUGUGAACAGUGUGACAUAACUGACAAUAAUGAAGGGAUGAAACAUGGAAUGAUGCAGGUUGUCAGCUUCAGUGCAUUAAAUCUGGAAGGUAUGAAAAGAGAGAGAGAGAGAGAGAGAGAGAGAGAGAGAGAGAGAGAGAGAGAGAGAGAGAGAGAGAGAGAGAGAGAGAGAGAGAGAGAGAGAGAGGAUGUGAGCAUAUGAAGUAUAGUGAAAUAUGGAAAUGGAAAUCUCUUGUUUUGGCUAUGCAGCCUCUUUGAUGAAGUUCAAGCAACCAACAUCAUGACAUUAUGUUAUCAGCUAAUACAGAGACUCAGAUGUUGCAAAUAUAAAAGUUGGGAAUAAAGUGUUCUCAAAUUAAGAAAAAAAGGUAAAUAUAAAGCAUGUUUAACAAAUAUACUUUUGUGCUAAAUUUGUUGGUUCCAAUAAGCUUUGCCAACAAUAACUACUAGAAACAGACUUUGCACUGAAGCCCCUCAAGAAAAAUGCAAUACAGGUGAUUCUGGAGGCUUCAGUCACAGAAGAGUUAGCAAUUCUAGACAUUGAAAAUGGUUACCUGAAGUAAGGCAAGCCAUCUUUCAAGUUCACAGCCACAAUUCUCUUGGAAUUUCAUGACACUAUCAAUAAAGUGUAUGUGGAUAG